AUGGUUUCAAUUAUUUUUCGUUGUUUGGUUUUCUUUCUUCUUAGUUCAUUAAUAGCUCAAGUGAACUCUCAAAUAUGCCAGGGAGUAUCUCAAUAUGGCCGCUGUUCGUCAAAUAGUGCGUGUGGUUGUCUUCAUAUGGAAGGUGCUUCGGACAUUGGUAUUUGUGGCUUUCAAUGGGUUACGUGCUCUGAUUUAGCUCCAUGCGAAGGAGCAGAUAAUUAUUGUCGCCAAUCUGACCAUAUCUGUGUUCAUCAUCCUCGAUGUCAUGUUCGUCCUCUUUGUUUUUCAGUAUCAAUGAUGGAUGCAAAACUUUGUCCACCAAUUAAAGCGUUCGUUCCAUUGCAAGCAAGUGCUGUCGAAAUUCAUCCAAACGCACAAUGGCAACAGAGUGCUAUCACAGUAGCUGAAGGAUAUUUACUACCCAAUGGAACCAAUGCAACCGAUCGACUCUACUUCCCAAUGGGUGUGUUUGUUAAUGAUGAACAAACGGUCUAUGUCACUGAUCCAAAUAAUAAUCGAGUUAUGAAAUACGUAUUAGGUUCGACGAGUGGCCAAGUAGUCGCUGGUGGAAAUGGAAGAGGCAAUGAGGCUCAUCAAUUAGCUGGCCCAUCGGAUGUGAUUGUUGACAAAGAAACAAAUAGUCUCAUUAUAUGCGAUAAUGUGAAUAAAAGAGUGAUUCGAUGGCCUCGUGUAAAUAGGAUACGUGGAGAAACAAUCAUAUCAAGCGUUAGUUGUCACGGUUUGACAAUGGACGAGAACGGAUCUCUCUAUGUCGUUGGGUAUGGCACAGAUGAAGUGAGACGAUAUCGAAAAGGAGAAUCUCAGGGUACCGUGGUUGCAGGUGGCAACGGACGUGAAAAUCGUCUCGAUCAACUCCAUUGGCCACAAUAUGUAUUUGUCGAUCGAGAUCGUUCAGUCUACAUAUCUGAGUGGUAUAAUCAUCGUGUAACGAAAUGGGUAGAAGGUGCGAAACAAGGCAUUGUCGUGGCUGGUGGUAACGAACAAGGAAAGAGUCUUAACCAAUUGGCAAGUCCUGAAGAAGUUGUUGUCGAUCAAUCUGGCACUAUCUAUGUGGCUGACUCUAUAAAUCAUCGAGUCGUGCGUUGGGUCAAAGGAGCCACACAGGGCACUGUCAUUGCUGGUGGAAAUGGUCAAGGAAAAGUAUCGAACCAAUUCAGUCAUCCCUACGGUUUGGCAUUCGAUCGAUACGGCAAUCUCUACGUCGUCGAUCAUUGGAAUCAUCGAGUACAAAAACUCAGUAUCGUUUGA